AUGGUGCACAAUGAGCUUAUUGAAAAAAGAGGAAUUAUCAAAGAGAUUCGCCAGAUUGGAAUAUCCUUGUGUACGUAUUUAGUAGACAUAGGAGAAGAAAGCUUUCCCCCGCUGUGCUAUGCGAUUAGGCUAGGAAUAGUAGGAAAAACACUUACUAGGCCAUACUCACCUGUUAGUUUUACAGGAAGCACAGUAGAAUGCAUUAUAAAAAUAUAUCCACAGGAAGAAGGGAAGAACAUGUUCACUCCAGAUCUAGAAAAACUAUCUGUUGGAGAUGAGCUGCGUGUGCUGUGGUACACACCAAAGUACCCAAUAGAAGAGAUUCUCUCCACCAAGCACAUGCAUGUAUGCAUGAUAUCUGCAGGAACAGGAAUUACUCCUAUGAUGCAAAUAUUAGACUAUGCGGCACAGAAUAGAAGUAUGCACAAGUUUACCUCUAUAGCACUAUCGCACAGUACCAACCACCAGAUAUUAAAAGACAGUUCUUUAUACAGUGGGAUAAGCUUGGAAUGCAUUAGUCUUAUGUCCAAGAACCCAGAUUGCACGCAUGCAGAACUAAUCAGAAAAAUAGAAGUACUCAUUCAGCCACUGCUUAGCAAGGAUGUCUUGUAUCUGGUGUGCGGGACAGACUCCUUUGUUGAGGCAGUAUCAGGCGUAAGAAAGGGCGAGUAUGGAGGCCUUCUUAUGCGCCAUAAUGUUCCAUCCAGCAGCUGCUAUAAAUUCUAG